CGCUCCUCGAAGGAUAAUUACGAAACCUCGAGCGUUGCACUAUCCAUACUCCCACCUCUGCUUUUGGAAAUUCAUCUUCCGCCAGCAUACCCUUCCUAUUCCCCACCGGAGAUCAUUUCAUUACACGCAACUCAUGGAUGGCUGUCUUGGAAGGUCGUCCCACUUAGGAAGCACCUGAUGAACAUGUGGCAAGCUGGUGAUGGUGUGCUCUACAGCUGGAUCGAGUGCAUACGAAGCGGGGAGUUCAUGGACUCCUUACGUCUGUUGGUAUCCGAAAACGGCAAGGAUGCGAUCAGGGUGCCUCACCCCGCUCUUCACUUGCUUGCACCGCUACUCGUGGAGUACGAAAACUCAACACAGCAAGCCCGCUUCUCGCAGACCUCCUACAACUGCGAGAUCUGCUUAACUUCCAUCAAAGGUGCACGCUGCGUCUCACUAUCAUGCUCUCACGUGUUCUGCCGGCCAUGUUUGGAGGAUUUCUGGAAGCUGUGCAUCAAAGAGGGAGACGUGGGCCGGGUUGGCUGCCCCGAGCCUGGCUGCAUAAAGGAGGGGCGAGAGGCAACCGAGGAAGAGGUUCGGAGGGUGGUCACGGAGGACGAAGUACAACGGUGGAAGUGGCUGCGACGGAAGAGGAUCACAGAUCGAGAUCCUUCCGUCAUUCACUGUCCCAUGUCUUUCUGCCAAGCUCCCGUGCCGAAACUUUCGAAUGUAGACGAGGGCUCGGGCUGGGAACGUCUCCGGACAUGUCCCGACUGCGGCUAUUCGUUUUGCGCCUACUGCAGACGUACAUGGCAUGGCCCUCUCAGCGACUGUCCGCUGUCCUCGACUGAAUCGUUCGUUCUCGAGUACAUCUCAUUGCCAGAGGGUUGUACCGAACGAGAACAGAUUGAACGUCGCUACGGCAAGGCAAACCUCACCAGAUUGGUCGCAAAGUAUGAAGAGGAUCGGGCGAACAAGAAAUGGCUAGACCAGUCGACCAUGGGCUGUCCCAGCUGUCGCAUCAAGGUCGAGAAGUCCAUGGGUUGCAAUCACAUGACAUGUGCGCGUUGUGGCCAACACUUCUGCUACCGAUGUGGCGACAAGCUCGCACAGAGCAACCCGUAUCAACACUUUUCGAUGCCUGGUCACCCCUGCUUCUCGAAACUGUUUGAUUAUCAGAGUAUCGAGAACGAGUGGCAGCCGGUCCAGGGCUUCGACAUGCUCUGAGCCCAGGGAUCGGCAUUGCGUGGCAGCGCGUGAAAUUGGCUCCUAUUCUGACAUGCUGUACGAGGAGUAGAGAAGGUGCGGCCAAUGGGCAGCGUCCGAAUAAAC